CACAAUAACACAAUCACGAUUCACGAACCUCAACGACAAAACAAACGAAACUCUUCCCUCUCAUUUCAAAACAUUUUUUUUUAAAAUACUUCACUCAGUCUUUUCUAACGGUCACCUUUUCUCUCUAUCCAUCCUACAGCUUCACUGCGUUGCAAAUACACACGUUUAUAGAAAAAAAUAACUAUUAUUUUCUUAAUUUUAACAGAAAAAAUCUCUCAAGGCAGGAAAGAUGAAGACAAUGAAAGGAAAGUUAAUGAAGAAGCUCAAAUCAGCCAAGCAAAUUGGGUAUUUGAACCCGGAUCGAAUACUCCAGGUUAGUGCUUUAGAUGGGUUUGUUGACAAUUUUCCUUCAAAAUCUACUAUCGUAGACAUAUUUGCUUUUAAAUCUCGUAUCAAAAUACAACGAAAUACGAAACCACAGCCUGAAUUUGAAAAACCUGAGAUUAUUAAUGUGGAAGAGGUGAAGAAAGACCAUGGAGAAAUUGACGAAGAUGAAGAAAUUAGCAACUAUAAUGAAUUUGAUGCGAAAGAAAAUAUUUGUCCUUCAAUGUCGAAAGACCCAGAAUGUGAAAAGAAGAGAUUAAGUUCUUGUUCUGAAGAAUUGAAGAAAGUGAGUAAUUCUGAAUUCGAAGUUUCAUCGUUUAGGGGGCCUGAUCUGAAUUCAGGCAGCUUAUUUGAUCCUAAGCUUCUUGCUGCAUUCGAAGAAGCCGUAAAAGAGUACAUAAGAUGUAGGGAAACAGCUCAAUUGGAGACAGCUAGCAAGAAUCACAAAUACCCAUUUUUCCAACCUGAAGAUCAAACCGACCCAUUACUGGAAUUUGAAGAUCAAAUCAACCCGUUGGAGGAAUUCGAGGACAAAUGUCCACCGGGUGGUAGUGAUGCAGUGAUAUUCUAUACCACUAGCUUAAGGGGAAUCAGAAAGACAUUUGAGGAUUGUCAAAAUAUCCGAUUUCUCCUAGAGAGCUUCGGAUUGAUCUAUUUCGAGAGAGAUGUCUCGGUUCAUUCAGAAUUUCGAGAUGAAUUAUGGAGGAUAAUGGGUGAGAGAUGUUUACCUCCGAGGUUGUUUAUUAGGGGGCGGUAUAUCGGAGGAGCAGAACAAGUGUUAACAUUGAAUGAACAGGGAAGGUUGAGGCCUUUGUUUAGGGACAUACCAAUUAAUUUUAGUGAAGGGCCUUGUAAUGUGUGUAGUGGAUUGAGAUUUAUGUUGUGUUACAAUUGCAAUGGGAGUAGGAAGGUGUUUGAGCAUGAUGAUCAAGAAGGUGGAUUAUGGAUUAAAUGCUUGAAAUGUAAUGAGAAUGGUUUGGUUGUUUGCCCACUUUGUUAAUGAUUGUUUUUUGGUUCCUUGGCCUUAAUUUUACCUGUACUGGUUCUAUCUAUUCAUUUAUAUAAUGUUAUAUCAUAUAUAUUUA